CCGCGGUCCAUGAUCGUGCGGCGCGGCAACACGUCGAAGCACGUCGCGGAGCUGCUCCUCGAGCUCCGCAAGGUCAUGGCGCCGCACACGGCGCUCAAGCUCCGGGAGAAGGCGACGAACACGCUCAAGGACUUCGUGCACGCCGCGCAGCCCCUCGGCGUGAGCCACCUGCUCAUGCUCGCCCAGCGCGAGACGCAGGUCAACCUGCGGAUCGCGCGCCUGCCGGCGGGGCCGACGCUCGCGCUGAAGAUUUUAGCGUUCGAGCUCGCGCGGACGGUCCGCGCGGCGCAGAAGCGGCCCUUCGACACGACGGCGGCCUACGCGACGGCGCCCCUCGUCGUGCUCAACAACUUCGGCGCCGACGAGGCCGCGCCGCACGUCAAGCUCCUCCGCGUGACCUUCGAGGCCAUGUUCGCGCCCAUCGACGUCAGCACGGUCAAGCUCGCGGACUGCCGCCGCGUCGUGCUCGUGGAGCGCGACCCGGCGACGGACGUCCUGGAGCUGCGCCACUACGCCAUCCGCGCGUCCGCGUCGGGCGUGUCCAAGACCGUGAAGCGCGUCGUCGAGGCCAAGGGCAAGACGCCGGACCUCUCGAAGCUCAGGGACAUCUCCGAGUACGUCCGGGGCCUCGCGCGCCCCGCGAACGACGACGCCUACGGCUCCGACUCCGAGGCGGAGAACGACGCCAAGGUCGUGCUCGCGGGCAAGUACGCGGGCCGGUCGAACGUGAAGCACCGCGAGUCCGCGAUCAAGCUCGCGGAGCUCGGGCCGCGGCUCACGAUGAAGCUCUACAAGGUCCAGCGCGGCGUCUGCGACGGCGACGUGCUCUACCACGCCUUCGCCGGCGACCGCGCGACCGCCGGCGCCGACCUCUCGAAGCAG